CGGGUCCAAUUUGUCCUCAGCAUCCGAAUGCUUUAAAUACUAAGCUGCGUGUCAACGUCACGGGUCUCCUACGUGUGGACGCGGGUCUAUCGUACAAUGAAUUUCCACUAUUCCGAGUCUUGUGCAACCUCUGUCGUCCUCGCAUUGGCCGCGCAUCUCUGCUUCAAGAGAUAUGAGCCUACAAAUCUAAUUGCUCUGUCUGUUCUAUUGCUGCUUAUACCUGCUUUGCCUGCAAUCCUCGCGUCUGGUGCGACUGGCCACCUGAUUAUCCGACUCUUUCUCUCUUACUUGGCGUACUACUCUGCACUGCUGUCAUCAAUUGCUGUCUACCGUCUAUCUCCCUUACAUCCAUUGUACAAGUAUCCUGGGCCAAUCCCAUGCAAGCUUUCGAAGCUCUGGUUAGUGUACAUAGCGUACAAAGGCAAGCAGCACGAGUACUUCCGAAGACUCCAUGAUCAAUAUGGACCCAUUGUCCGCCUCGGGCCGAACGAGCUGUCGAUUCUAAAGGUGGAUGUGAUGCCCGACAUCGUGGGCGUGAACGGCAUGCCCAAGGGUCCUCUGUGGGACGGGCGGCGCGCGUCGGGCAAGAACGGUGCGACGUCGAGCGACAAGGGUAAUCUGCUCGGUGUUCGUGAUAACAAAGCGCACGCUGAAGUACGCGCAAUUUGGAACCGCGCCUUCACAACCGCUGCGGUCAAACGUUACGAACCAAUGAUCAUCCGUCGAGCGUCGCAGCUGGUGGAUGAGCUCAAGAAGCGAUGUGAGGACGCUUCAAAGGAUGGACGAAAGGCGGUGUUCAACAUGGCAAAAUGGGUCAACUGUGUUGCGUUUGACUUCAUGGGGGAUUUUGUCUUCGGGGGAGGAUUUGAAAUGAUGCGUGAUGAAGACGCGAGUGGAAUAUUACCCAUGAUAGAAACGGGUAUGCGCCUCCCAGCGCUCACACAGCACAUCCCUUGGUGUCUGGAUAUCAUCUACGCAUUGCCAUUGGCUCAAUCAACCAACGGUCUCGCCGAUUUCACAUAUAAGCAGGUGAUGAGACGGAUGAAGGAGGGAACAGUUCAUGAGGACCUAUUCCAUCUUAUCAGUGGUGAGGGAGUAGCGGAGAGCGAGCGACCCAGCCUCCCUGUAAUAAUGGAGGGUACAGUCAUCGCCAUUGUUGCAGGCUCGGACACGACCGCAACGGCCUUGAGCAACGCAUUCUACUUCCUGUGCGCUAAUCCAUCUUAUUACGCUCGCUUGCGAGCUGAGCUCGACUCGGAAUUCCCGCCCGGCAAGGGUGAGCCUACCGAUACCACGAAGCUUGCACGUCUGCAGUACCUCAAUGCCGUCAUCAACGAAUCUCUGCGUCUUUUCCCUCCAGGACCAACAUCCCUUCAGCGGGCGCCGGCAGUAGGGAGCGGCGGCCACAUGCUGGGAACUAACCUUUUCAUCCCAGAGGGCACGGCAGUAUACGUCCCACCAUAUGCUCUGCACCGUGAUCCCCGUUACUUUUCCCCCGAUACCAACAAGUUUUGGCCAGAGCGCUGGUUGAUUAUUGAUGAUCCAACCGUCAUUACCAACCGAGAUGCAUUUAUCCCGUUUUCUUCUGGACCUGCGAACUGUAUCGGGAAGCCUGUAGCACAGAUUGAGCUACGCAUGGUCCUGGCCUUUUUGAUGCAGGCCUUCGACAUGCGCUUCCCUGAAGACUAUGACACAUCCCAGUGGGAACAGCAAAUGGAGGACUUCUUUGUGUUGUUGAAGGGGCCUCUUCCUAUUGUGCUUACGCCACGUACAUUCUAAUGCACACUAGUACUAUUCCGAUGCGACCCGCUACCUCCACUUGGCCAUCACUCUGGACGAUGCGGAUAACCCCUCGAAUGAUUGUGGAACGUGUGCGCCGACGCAGGUGUCGGAUGAGCGUGCAGAAAGGUAGGGCGCACACAGUCCGAGCCUUCGCUGUAACUUGGCCAUAUAUGGCAGCUUUGCUUUCGUAUCUAGGAAGGACAUAAUUGUAAUCGGAUUUUCCUCUCCCGAAGGCCGUGCUCGCGUAUUCUCUGUCGGACAUCUUUCUGUGUCACUAGAGUUGCGAAUAUAAGGCACACUAUCCCUAG